CUCUCCCUCUCACUCUAUAGAAUCCGCCCAAGUCCAACUCUGACUCUGACAGAUUAAUAACUGAAUUCGAAAUCCCAAAUUUUCCCUCGCAUUUCAAAUUCUCAACAGAAUUUGUAACUUCCUCCUUUCUCUAAAUUCAACUGCAGUUAUCUCUCUCACACCUCCUUCCUUCUCCACAAAUUCAUUUCGAAAUUCGCUUACACACUUCUGCAAAAAAUAUCUCCCAAUUCUCGACUUCUUGGAUUCCGAAAUGACGGAUGAAAAGAAACCCGCUGAACCGCCUGCUCCGAUCGAUCCAAAACCGCCUGCUCCGGUCGAUUCAACUCCGCCAGCUCCGGUUGAUCCAACACCGCCUGAUCCGAUAGAUCCAACCCCUCCUGCUCCGGUCGAUCAAACGCCUCCUGCUCCGGUUUAUAUAACCCCUCCUGCUCCGGUCGAUCAAACCCCUCCUGUUCCAGUCGAUUCAACACCACCUGCUCCGGUCGAUUCAACCCCGCCUGCUCCGAUUGAUCCAACCCCGCCUUCGCCGGUCGAUCAAACGCCCCCUGCUCCGGUUGAUAUAACCCCUCCUGCUCCGGUCGAUCAAACCCCUCCUGCUCCGGUCGAUUCAACACCACCUGCUCCGGUCGAUUCAACACCACCUGCUCCGGUCGAUUCAACCCCUCCUGCUCCGGUCGAUUCAACCCCGCCUGCUCCGAUUGAUCCAACCCCGCCUUCGCCGGUCGAUCAAACGCCCCCUGCUCCGGUUGAUAUAACCCCCCCUGCUCCGGUCGAUCAAACCCCUCCUGCUCCGGUCGAUUCAACAGCACCUGCUCCGGUCGAUUCAACAGCACCUGCUCCGGUCGAUUCAACAGCACCUGCUCCGGUCGAUUCAACACCACCUGCUCCGGUCGAUUCAACCCCUCCUGCUCCGGUCGAUUCAUCCCCUCCUGCUCCGGUCGAUUCAACCCCGCCUGCUCCGAUUGAUCCAACCCCACCUUCGCCGGUCGAUCAAACGCCCCCUGCUCCGGUUGAUAUAACCCCUCCUGCUCCGGUCGAUUCAACACCACCUGCUCCGGUCGAUUCAACCCCUCCUGCUCCGGUCGAUCAAACCCCUCCUGCUCCGGUUGAUAUAACCCCUCCUGCUCCGGUCGAUCAAAUCCUUCCUGUUCCGGUCGAUUCAACACUGCCUGCUCCGGUCGAUUCAACACCUCCUACUCCGGUCGAUUCAACGCCUACUGCUCCGGUCGAUCAAACGCCUCCUGCUCCGGUCGAUUCAACGCCUCCUGCUCCGGUCGAUCAAACGCCUCCUGCUCCGGUUGAUAUAACCUCUCCUGCUUCGGUCGAUCAAACCCCUCCUGCUCCGAUUGAUCCAACCCCACCUUCUCCGGUAGAUCAAACGCCUACUGCUCCGGUCGAUCAAACCCCUCCUGCUCCCAUUGAUCCAACCCUGCCUUCUCCGGUCGAUCAAACGCCUCCUGCUCCGGUCGAUCAAACCCUGCCUUCUCCGGUCGAUCAAACCCCUCCUGCUCCGGUCGAUAAAACCCCGCCUGCUUCGGUCGAUAAAAUCCCGCCUCCCGAGGAGAAAGUGACUGCACAGGAAUUUCGCGACGCGCUCUACAACUUACCGUGGAGUUCGAUUUUCGCUCCCUAUCCUCAUAUUGAAUAUCAAGGAGGAACGAAUUUCACAGUGGGUUGUGAGUUUUCGUCCACUGAUAGCAGUAGUAGUGAAGAUGAUGAGAGUGCUCAUCUCCCAUUAUGUGAGACCGGGCCUUCAACUCCGGUUCUUUCACCUCCGGAAGGGGCUGUAGAAGAAAGUCUUGUUUACGCACGGUUAUGUGAGACCGGGCUUUUAUCUCCGGUUGUUUCACCUCGGGAAGGGGCCGUAGCAAAAAAUAUACCCGAUCAUAUAUCUGAGACCGGUUCUUCAUCUCCGAUUCUUUCACCUCCGGAAGGGGCCUUAGAAGAAAAUCUACCUGAUCAUAAAUGUGAGGCCGCGCCUUCAUCUCGGGUUCUUUCACCUCCGGAAGGGGCCGUAGCAGAAAAUAUAUCCGAUCAUAAAUGUGAGGCCGUGCCUUCAUCUCCGGUUCUUUCACCUCCAGAAGGGGCCGUAGCAGAAAAGCUAUCCGAUCAUAAAUGUGAGGCUGCGCCUUCAUCUCCGGUUCUUUCACCUCCGGAAGGGGCCGUAGCAGAAAAGCUAUCCGAUCAUAUAUCGGAGACCGGGUCUUCACCUUCGAUUUGUUCACCUCUGGAAGUGGCCGUGGCAGAAAAUCUAUCCGAUCAUGAAUGUGAGGCCGCGCCUUCAUCUCUGGUUCUUUCACCUCCGGAAGGGGCCGUAGCAGAAAAGCUGUCCGAUCAUAUAUCGGAGACCGGGUCUUCACCUUCGAUUUGUUCACCUCUGGAAGUGGCCGUGGCAGAAAAUCUAUCCGAUCAUGAAUGUGAGGCCGCGCCUUCAUCUCUGGUUCUUUCACCUCCGGAAGGGGCCGUAGCAGAAAAGCUGUCCGAUCAUAUAUCGGAGACCGGGUCUUCAUAUCCUGUUCUUUCACCUCCGGAAGGGGCCGUAGCAGAAAAUCUAUCCGAUCAUAUAUCUGAGACCGGGUCUUCAUCUCCGAUUGUUUCACCUCCGGAAGGGGCCAUAGCAGAAAAUCUACCUGAUCAUAAAUGUGAGACUGCGCCUUCAUCUCCAGUUCUUUCACCUCCAGAAGGGGCCAUAGCAGAAAAUCUAUCCGAUCAUUUAUCUGCGGUUGGGGCUUCAUCUCCGGUUCUUUCACCUUCGCUAUUGGACGUAGCAGAUAAUCUACAUCCGUUAUGGGAGUGCGUGCCUCCACCUCCAGUUCUUUCACCUCUGGAAGGGAAGGUAGCAGAAAAUCCACUUGAUCAUGAAGCUAUUGAAGCUGCAUUCAGAGGUCAUCCUCGCCUGCUUAUGAAGCAGAAAAUCGCUGGUUUCGAUGAAACAGGUGAUUCGGAUUUUGAUCCAGACGAUACAGUAAAUGAUUGGGAAGAUGAUGAUAGAUUGGAUCGACCUGUGUUCUCUCCGCGUUACAUGAAUACAGGAGCUGGACUGGUGAAUUUAAAGAAUACAUGCUUCAUGAAUUCGGUUUUGCAAUGCUUGGUGCAUACUGUACUAUUUUUUGAGGGCAUUAUUUACCAAAGAAACUCAUUGCUGUGCGUUUGUCCCAAUAAAACGUUCUGUCUGAAGUGCAGCCUCGAAGAGCUAUUUCGAUCACUUACUUCGGGAAUGACAUAUUAUAGGCCAGAGACACUAGCUCAGAAUUUAAGCCACAUUUCACCUACCUUCAAAGUGGGUCAACAGGAGGAUGCUCAUGAAUACCUUUUGAAGUUAUGGAAUAAACUAAUGGAGUGUGACAAGUAUCUUGACGAUAAGGAUAAUGAACAUAAAAUCUUUGUCGCACGACUGUUUCGUGGCCGUCUUGUCAACAAGGUCAUGUGUUCAUGUGGUAAGAUUUCUAGUAAGACAGAGGAUGCAUGGGAUCUGCAAUUACCUAUUGAGAAUUCGGACACUCUCAUCGGUGCUCUGCAAACUUAUAUACUAACAGUAGUGCCUGACUUUCGCUGUGAAAAUUGUGGGAAUGAAGGUAUAGUACAGAAAAUUGAUCUGGAUCAGCUUCCACCUGUUGUCACGUUUCACCUGAAGAGGUUUGACAGAUUGAACAACAAAAUCAAAAAGCAUGUGUCGUUUCCACCUAAGUUGGACUUGAAACCUUUCACUCGUACUAAAGUGACUUUUUCCUUCCCUAGUAUACUGAAAUUUCCUUAUGACUACGAGCUCUAUGCUAUUUUAGUGCAUGAAGGGGAGACACCGACCGCAGGUCAUUACUACAGCUUUAUUCGCUUAAACUCCAAUGAGUGGUACAGAUAUGAGGAUUCACAAGUUACAGCUGUAGAUGAAGAAGAAGUUUUCAAGCAGAUGGCUUAUAUUCUUUUCUAUGCUCCGGGCGGCGAGACUAACUUUACAGAUGCCGUUCUAGCUCUGCAAUCAUCGGAAGGAUUUACUCCUUUUGAGCAUGCACAGGGUGAUGAAGUAGGCAGAUCAAAGAAAGCUGGUAAAGGUGCAACAAAAAAAGCUGCUGAUAGAGAUGAAAGUUUGAUUGCUAAGAAAAAAGCUGCUGAUAGAGAUGAAAGUUUGAUUGCUAAGAAAAAAGCUGCUGAUGAAGGUGUAAGUGUGGUUGCUGUGAAAAAAGGUGCUGAUAAAAAUAAAAGUUCGACUUCUGAGGGAAAAUGGGAGGUUCAGAAACGAAGGCAACGAAGGAUAAAACUAUGAUUGGCUAGGAAAUGGAGGGUAAAGACAGUGAUCCUCUGUCAAGUACAGAUUUUGGAAAUGCAACACAGGCUAUUGUUUGAAUAUUAACUCUUGAUUCAGUACCCAAUAUAUACUUUAGGCAAUUCAUUGCACAAUUUGUGAGGAAAAUAAUUGCAGUAUAUACUCUAUUGUUGUUUUCUUUUGCAAGUACAUGUGCAAAAAUAGGAUGUUUAGGUCAAUGUAGUUGGUUCUGAAUUUGCAGUUAGAUACGUUACAGUGUUCCAGAAAAUAAGUGAACUUUGAUUGGAAAUGAAAGUUGAAACACAUAA